AUGGCACAGUUCCUGGGCAUGCUCUUAGGCUCAUUGUGGGGAGGGUUUGUAGAGUGGCGGUUCGGCUGGAAGACCAUGGUUUAUUCGCUGGGUGUGCUGUGUUUUGCUACAAGCUGGAUGAUGUUAGGGCUUGGAGAAGAUGUGGGUGGGUACGGGACGAAGAACGGGGCCGUGGAUGCGGAAGCUGGUACAGAUACCGACGGCCCUGACAGGGUGUCUUGGUUUAGGAGGAUGGAUUUGCGAACUCGAACGAUCUGGGGAAACAUGAAGAGGGGCUGGAAUGGGAUCCCGGUACUUGGGAGGCAGGUUAACUCUGGGGCACAAACUGUAGAUGGAGACACUGAGAGGGAAGGACUUUUGGCGGGAAGUGGGAGGGAUUAG